GAUGUGCAACAGUUCAGGGUGGACUUCUGAUCUGAUGGACAACCCGCGAGCUGAGGAGUAAGAUUUCCGGAGUCAAAAACAAAACACCAAAGACAAGAAUUUGACAUGGGAUGAGUGAUGGCUCAGCUUUACUACAAGAGGAGUGACAAUGCACCGUAUAGAGACCGCAUUUCUCUUCGAAUCGUGCGAGCAGAAUCCGAGCUCUCCCCUGCAGAGAAAACCUACCUAAGCGCAGUGGAGAAGGGCGAUUAUGCCAGUGUCAAGAAAGCGCUUGAAGAAGCCGAAAUUUAUUUUAAAAUCAACAUCAACUGCAUUGACCCACUUGGGCGGACUGCCCUUCUCAUAGCGAUUGAGAAUGAAAACUUGGAAAUCAUUGAACUCCUCUUGAGUUUCAAUGUCUAUGUAGGGGAUGCUCUUCUCCAUGCCAUCAGGAAGGAGGUUGUAGGAGCUGUUGAACUCCUACUAAUUCACAAGAAGCCAAGAGGAGAAAAACAGGUUCCACCGAUACUGCUGGAUAAGCAGUUUUCGGAAUUCACACCAGAUAUCACUCCGAUAAUCCUGGCAGCUCACACUAACAGUUACGAGAUCAUAAAGCUGCUGGUUCAAAGAGGAGUUUCCAUCCCGCAGCCCCACGAAGUCCGCUGCAACUGUGUCGAGUGUGUUUCCAGUUCAGACGUGGACAGUCUGCGCCACUCCCGUUCCAGACUGAACAUAUACAGGGCCUUAGCAAGCCCAUCUUUGAUCGCUUUGUCCAGCGAGGACCCCUUUCUCACCGCAUUUCAUUUGAGCUGGGAGCUUCAGGAGCUGAGCAAGGUGGAAAAUGAGUUCAAGUCAGAAUACGAGGAGUUGUCACAACAGUGCAAAACUUUCGCGAAAGAUUUAUUGGACCAAACGAGAAGCUCCAGGGAAUUGGAGCUUAUUCUUAAUUACGGGGAUGAUAAUUGCAUCCUGGAAGAGCAGAAAACAAAUGAUCUUUCCAGACUAAAGUUGGCAAUUAAGUACCAUCAAAAAGAGUUUGUUGCCCAGCCAAACUGUCAACAGCUCCUUGCUUCCCGUUGGUACGAUGAAUUUCCUGGCUGGAGGCGGCGACACUGGAUAGUUAAAUUCCUGACAUGCAUCGUCAUCGGACUGCUAUUCCCUGGCUUCUCUGUGUGCUACCUGAUAGCUCCAAAAAGCACAUUAGGCCUUUUUAUUAGAAAGCCAUUUAUCAAGUUUAUCUGCCACACUGCAUCAUACUUGACCUUUCUUUUCCUGCUGUUGCUGGCAUCUCAACAUAUUGAUCGAACAGAUUUAAACAUGCAAGGUCCCUCACCAACUCUUGUUGAAUGGAUGUUACUGCCUUGGGUGCUAGGUUUUAUUUGGGGUGAAAUAAAGCAAAUGUGGGAUGGUGGACUUCAGGAUUAUAUACAUGACUGGUGGAACCUCAUGGACUUUGUAAUGAAUUCUUUGUACCUCGCAACAAUAUCCCUUAAAAUUGUCGCUUUUAUCAAGUACAGUGGAUCUCGGAAACGUGAAGAAUGGGAAAUGUGGCAUCCCACCUUGGUCGCUGAGGCAUUGUUUGCCUUUGCAAACAUCUUCAGCUCCCUUCGCCUGAUCUCACUGUUCACCGCCAACUCUCACCUGGGACCACUGCAGAUAUCUCUCGGACGGAUGCUCCUGGACAUUCUGAAGUUCUUAUUCAUUUACUGCCUGGUGCUGCUGGCUUUUGCAAAUGGCCUCAACCAGUUGUACUUCUACUAUGAGACAAACGCAUCAGAGGAACCGAAUAACUGCAAGGGGAUCAGGUGUGAGAAACAGAAUAAUGCCUUUUCAACGUUAUUUGAAACACUUCAAUCACUUUUCUGGUCAAUCUUUGGUCUGAUUAACCUGUAUGUGACUAAUGUGAAGGCACGGCAUGAAUUCACGGAGUUUGUAGGUACCACUAUGUUUGGAACGUAUAACGUGAUAUCUCUCGUGGUUUUACUCAACAUGCUGAUAGCUAUGAUGAACAAUUCUUAUCAACUCAUUGCGGACCAUGCAGAUAUUGAGUGGAAAUUUGCGAGAACCAAGCUUUGGAUGAGUUAUUUCGAAGAGGGUGGCACUCUUCCAACCCCCUUCAACAUCAUUGCGAGCCCAAAGUCGGCCUGGUAUUUAUUGAAAUGGCUACAGAGACAUCUCUGCCCCAAAAAGUUCUGCAAGCAAGAACGGAAAAAACCUGAAAGUCUUGGGUGCCUCGGGAGACGUGCAGCUAACAAUCUGAAGCGUAAUCAUCAAUAUCAGGAGGUUAUAAGAAAUUUAGUGAAAAGAUAUGUUGCAGCAAUGAUCAGAGAUGCCAAAACUGAAGAAGGCCUCACUGAGGAGAAUUUCAAGGAACUGAAGCAGGAUAUCUCUAGUUUCCGCUACGAAGUUCUGGGUCUUCUUAAAGGAAGCAGACCAUCUUCUGUACAGCCGUCAAACGUUAGCACAGCGCCAACAAAGAUCUCAGAUAAAAACAAAGUAUUUGAGACUAAACCUGAAUCUGGGACUGUUUCAACAUCCUCGAGUGAACAAAAGAACAAACUAACCUUUUACGAAGUAACGUCUUUGCUUUGUCCAAAGUCAGUGCCUAAACGAUCAGGCACUGAAACAGCAUCUACCAGCUUAAGCAAUGGGUCCACACCAAAAGCUACUGAGUUGUGCAAGGAAAAGCAAAACAACAAAAGUAUUGUCAAAGACUCCAUCAAAAACUUAGGGUUCUUUCGGAAACGAACAAAACUGUGCAAUACAGAGCAGAGUAUGAACAGGAUAUAUACGGUGUCUGAGGAAAUUACUCAGGAAGAGACCCUGCAGAAAGACACAGAAAACGCUGACUGCAGGAGCAAGAGAGACUCGGAGCCUGUAAGUGACAGUGGCUCAGGCCUAAAGCAUCCAAGGGCAAGCAAAGAAUGUAACCCAGAAUUGGAAGACAGUACCCAUGUGUUGUUGCACAGACAGUCUUUGGAGAGCAGCGCCAUUCGUUUGUUAGAGUCAACACAGGACGUUGUAACAAACGUUUCAGGGAACAAAGACAGCGUCUGCCCUGUAAAUCAAUGGACUAUGACACAGGAUGACUAUGUAACUACAAGAUUAUGAUACAAAACCAAGGGACGACUAAAUUAUAAAGUAAUUUAUUUUGCAGAUUGCUUU